UAUCCAUCAUUUUUUAAAAUCUAAAAUAGUCUUAGUAUGUACUGAUCUAGUCAGAGAUUAAAUAACGCAUCAGCAAAUUCACCGAUUUAUCGCGAUUCAUAGAGCAGCAGGGCUAUAACUGAAUAUCUACGCAGAAAAAAAUAAAAUGUCGUCGUGGUCGAAGAAAGCUGGGGGCAGACGACCACCACCAAAACACAGUGGAGGAAGUGUUUCAAAACCUCCCAGACCAUUUCGAAGACCACCAUAUCCAAUGAGGGAGGACAGAAAAGAUGAUCAUCCAGAAUCUGAGAGCUUUGAAAGCUUAGACGAAGGGAUUGACUACUCUGGCACUGCGGACUAUGAGCAUUCACCACACCAGUCAACUGCUGUUUCACCUGAAGAAUAUGAGGCAACGGUUCAACGCAAUGCCAUAUACGAGAGGUUCUUCCGGCAGCUGCAUGGAGACGGUGCUAGACAGCCUGCAGACUGUGUUGUCCUGUCGGUGAACAACCAGAAUGUGGAUUACCCCAAAUCGAUAGGCCAGUGUUUGCAGGAACGUGGCCUCUCGGUGGAAAUGCUUUACCUGCAGGUGGAAUCAGGCCUGACGCGGGCCCUCCAAGAUGUCCGCUCCGACGGUUCCCCCUUAUGUAUUCUCGUCGAGCAGACUAAUGUAACACUCUCCUCGUGCACAGUAAUCAUAUUUUCAGAGUCCCUCAAAAUUCAUCGAAAUAUGCCCAAAGAACAGGCCAUGGAGUUUGUGUUGGUAGAGUUCAGGCGCUUGAGCGGUUCGCGGCAGGUGCUGGACCCCACGGAGGCUGCGGCACGGGCAGCUGAGCUGACGGAGGACUACCUGGAGCGCAGCAAGCUGGAGCGCCACACUGUUCCCUCUGCCACCCGCCACCUGCUCUUUCUCCUGGCCGAAGGUUUGCACCUGUACCCAGAGGAGCUCAACACACUGACAGAGUAUCUUCAAAACCGCCAAGACCAUCUGCAAGUAACUUCCGCAGAGGUGGGCAGUGAUGUUGCUCCUGUAAUAAACAGCCUGCCUCCAGGGUUAGGAAAACCCCCACCACUUCUGCCUGCUGGUUCUGGACCACCACCAAGAGAGCAGGCAAACCCACCCUCAGGGUCUGGAGAUACACCCCCAGGCCAUCACAGGGGAUUGCAAGGCUCAUAUCCCAAGACGAAACCACCUCCUUUGCUUUCAAUGCAAAAUCUAAAGCCACCUUCCCACAGAUCAGCUGCCCCCCAUAGUCUUUUACCCUCUCGGGCCUCUUCAGUCUCACACGGUUCUUCAUUUAGUCCCCCAUCUAGAGGGCCAGCAGCCCCUCAUAGUCUUGAUAAGCCACAACCUCUUCUAGGCCCAGCACCUACACAUGGGCCAUCCUCCACCCGUGCCCCUCUGCUUGACCGUGCCCCUCUGCUUGAAACCCCUCUUGGUUUCCCGUCCUCUAGAGGACUGUUGCAGCAUCCAGGGUCUCAUUCAUCACGCGGGCCACCAUUGAUGUGUGGACCACCUCCGCAGAAUGGACCCUGGGGUCCUAGAGCACCACCACCUUCACUCAGGAGCCUUCAUAUGGGAGCCCCAACAGGUCCUUGCCCACCACGACGCCUGCUCCCUUGAUUCUCUCAGGACCUGAUUAAAUCAUAGGCCAGUAUUGCAACAUGGGACAGUUGUUAACAUUUUGAACUUAGGCAGUUUUAUGUUUUAUAUUUUUUUUUUAGGAAUUUGACUUCUGUGUUUCCUUUCAGGAUCCUAUAAGAUGUUAAAAAAUGUACUGGUAUGGAAAAAGCCUCAGUUGUGUUCUCCUUAUUUCCACAGGUGUAAGCUAAUUUCUAGAAUAAAUAUGAAAAUUUUCAGUGGCAUAAAUCUGUGAAAGAUGUCUUGAAAUAUCACUGUUCUCCAUACAAUGAUUGAAUAUAUUCCAAAUACAGUUCUUGGUGUGAGGCAAUAUGAGACUAUUCAGAAUUUUGGUAGAUUGUAGAAGCUUCUUGAUCUCUUUUUUUGUAUUUGUUUUUUUUUAAAGAUAAAUAAAGUGCAUAAUGUUUUGAAAUGCAUUUCACUCAUUAAAAAUUCUCAUUUUUUUGACUGUA